GAUUUCUAAGUGGGAGAACUUGCAAAAUAGCAGGGUGUUCAAAUACUUAUUUUCCUCACUGUAUAAGACAAACAAUAAAAAACAGAUGCAAAUAAAGACAGUUAACAUUUUUGGUGAUAUGUGUGGCCAUAAUCAACCGUUGUGCUUUGGUGUUAAUUCAUAUAUUGAAGUUCUUUUGCAUAUUCACUUUCAUUCGUUCCCCUGUACAGGCUUGUUAAGUUUGUUUGCCAAUGCUCCAAAAUGGCAACGUUUGCAAACAGUUUAAAAUAACUUCUGCCAAAGGAAGUGAAUUAGCUGUGUUGGUGAGAACUGCAAAUUAUCAUAAAAUUGUUUGUUAAGGGUGGAACAUUUUAUAUUGGAUAGAAAAGAAAAAGAAAAAAAAAACAUUUAUUGGGGCCAGAAUGGGUGUUUUUAUAAAGAAAUUUAAAACAAAUAAUUUGGGGAAACUCUUUAGUCUUAUGUUCACCAAAGGUUGCAUAUAAAACAGUAAUAAUAUUAUUACAAUUACUGUUUUGUUUUGUUUUUUAAUGUCAUUUAUUGGCAAAGAUUGAUUUUCAGUUUCCAUUUUCAGUGUCAUAUGAUCCUUCAGAAAUCAUUCUAAUUGUGAUUUGGUACUCAAAAAUGUUUGUUGUUAUUAUCAAUGUUGAAAACUGCUGCAUAAUAUAUUUGUGGAAACUGAUGCUUUUUUUUCUGGUUUCUGAUGGAUAACUUUUAUUUGAAAUAGAUUUUGUUGCUGUUUUUAAGGUCACAAUUUAAUGCAAUUUAAUUCUUACUGAAUAAAAGAAUUGCCCUCUUUCAAUAAAUAAAUAAAUGUCUUACUGACCCUAAACAUUCUUGGGAAAUAAGGAGUAUUUGCUGGAAAAUGGGCAAUAGUCUGUGAUUUUAUACUGAGGUGAAUAUGUUGACCUCUCUCUUCUUAGCCUUAUAAUCUAUUCUAGAGGAACUGAAAGAAACCUGGGAGGGACGCAUUGAAUGUGGAUGAGCGAUUCAUAAUGACCCAACCUCCUCACCCAAGAGGGUGUUGUCUAAACAUAUAAAACAAUGCAAUCAGAAUGCUGUGAUUGUCAAACACAAAAAGGACACAAAAAGGCAUUUGUACCACUGAAAAAUUGGAUAAGAACAAGAAAAUGGCUGAAACAGAGAGUCUAGCUGACUGGAUGUCUAACCUUAAUGAGAAAUUCACAAAAAUCCCCUUGAGCCAACUUGCUAUUCCAGGGAGCCAUGAUGCUAUGGCAUACAGCUUGGAUACGAACUCUUCAGUACUGGAACCUAAAAAAAUAAAGGCCUUGGACAAGAUGUUCAGUACUUUCUUAAGGCCCAUUGUCAAAAAAUGGGGUACUGCCCAGGACAAAAACAUCUCUGAGCAGCUUGAUGCGGGUAUGCGAUACUUUGAUCUGAGGGUUGCUGGGAAGCCUGAAUCGAGUGACUUAUUCUUCUAUCAUGGACUAUACACGACAAUGACUGUGAAGGAGGGAAUGACAGAACUGGAGAAAUGGUUAGGACAGCAUACUAAGGAGGUUGUCAUCCUUGCUUUCUCACAUUUCAAAGAAAUGUCAGCCGAUCAACACACCGACCUGACCAACUUCCUCAAAGUGCACUUCAAAACAAAACUUUGUCCUAAGCCUCAAGUGCCCUCACUCAAGGACUGCUGGGAAAGUGGCUACCAGGUCAUCCUCUCUUAUGACAACAGAAGUGUUGACGAUCCUGUUUUGUGGCCUCAAAUCAAGUACUGGUGGGCCGAUAAUUCGGACCCCAACGAGGUCAUUUCAUACCUUAAUAACCAGAAACAAAAGGGAAAACCAGAGGGAUUGUUUGUUGCUGGUCUCAACCUGACUUUUGAUGGGAAUGACAUGCUUCUGUACCUCACAAAGUCUUUAAAGGAGAAGACCAUGAAGGCCUACCCUCUGUUGCUUGACUGGGUGAAGGAGCAACGUCCAGGCUCUGACAAAGAUAGUGUCAACAUCAUUGCUGGAGAUUUUGUUGGAGUGAAUAGCUUUGCUAAGGAUAUCAUUCAGCUGAACAAUGCCGACAAUGGUUCAUGAAGAGGGUAUUUUGAGUCUGCUUGAGAUCUCCUUCAAACAGUAUAAGAAGCUUUAAGAAUCUUUCUGUAUUAUUAUUAGGCUAUUAUUAUUAGUCAGUAGCCUAUAUAUACGGGAAUCUAUGGUUGGUUACGGGAAAAGUUGAGCAUUUAACAUAUUAAACAAAUACCCAAAGUAAAAUUCUAAUAUAAAUAAUAAAAAAAUUCAAAUGUGA